GUAGUGCGUGAGAUUAAGCAAUUCGACGAAAUUCCUUUUGAGUUGUAGCUGCUAGAUUGAAGCAUUUUUUUAUCUUUAAAGAUUUCAGUUGAAAGCAGAGUGGAUUUUGGAUUAAGCUCAUUUUAUUGUAUUUCGGACUCUAGAGAAGCCUAGAUUCCGUCAUCUAGAGAAGGAUUUGGUCAAACAGUAGAUCUGCAAAAAUAUAGUAGGAAGAGAGUAUAUUUCUAGCAUUCUUGGCAAUGGCAGCUUGGUCGAGUUUCUGCAACGUCGAAACUCCUUAUUCUGGAUUCAGAACGAGUUCGCUCUUGAUUUCUUCAAGAAGGAUUAAGUUUGCAGCGUCUGUAGCUUCACCUGCUGGAUUUUUGUCUCAAAGAAGAGGUGUUGUUUGUGCAAAUAGAGCCUUGAGAAUCAGUUGUGAGAGAGGAGCUUUAUCUGUGGUUGAGAAGUCCAAGACUGUUAACCAAAGUCCCAGUGGAAGUGUGGGGCAAUUGAGCUGUGUCAUGAAGUUUGGUGGAUCUUCGGUGGCGUCAGCUGAAAGGAUGAGGGAGGUUGCAGAACUUAUUCUCAGUUUUCCUGAAGAAAGGCCUGUAAUUGUUCUGUCGGCAAUGGGGAAGACGACUAAUAAGCUGCUACAGGCUGGUGAAAAGGCUGUCAGUUGUGGUGUUUCUAAUGUAUCCAAUAUUGAUGAGUUGAGCUUUAUUAAAGAACUUCAUUGCACGACUGCCGAUGAGCUUGGAGUGGAUAGGUCUACCAUUUCUGCUUUACUAGAUGAAUUGGAGCAAUUUAUAAAAGGGAUUGCUGUGAUGAAGGAGAUGACUCUACGUGCAAGAGACUAUUUGGUAUCAUUUGGAGAGUGCAUGUCAACAAGGAUUUUUGCGGCAUAUUUGAACAAAAUUAAUACUAAAGCUCGCCAAUAUGAUGCAUUUGAUAUUGGUUUUAUAACCACAGAUGACUUUACAAAUGCUGACAUCUUGGAAGCAACUUAUCCCGCUGUUGCAAAGAGAUUGCAUGGAGACUGGAUAAGUGAUCCUGCGAUUCCUGUUGUUACUGGCUUCCUCGGAAAGGGAUGGAAAACUUGUGCUGUAACUACCUUAGGAAGGGGUGGGAGUGACUUGACAGCUACAACCAUUGGCAAAGCCUUGGGUUUACGAGAAAUUCAGGUAUGGAAGGAUGUGGAUGGUGUUUUGACAUGUGAUCCUAACAUUUACCCGCGUGCAUUGCCUGUACCAUAUUUGACAUUUGAUGAAGCAGCUGAACUUGCAUAUUUCGGUGCACAGGUUUUGCAUCCACAAUCCAUGCGACCUGCUAGAGAGGGCGAUAUUCCUGUUAGGGUCAAGAACUCCUAUAAUCCUAAAGCUCCGGGUACCCUCAUCACUAGAGCAAGAGAUAUGAGUAAGGCUGUGCUAACCAGCAUAGUGUUGAAGCGGAAUGUCACCAUGCUGGAUAUAGUGAGCACUCGAAUGCUUGGUCAGUUCGGUUUCCUUGCGAAGGUCUUUUCCAUCUUUGAAGAAUUGGGUAUCUCUGUAGAUGUGGUUGCAACUAGUGAAGUUAGUAUCUCGUUGACCUUGGAUCCCUCAAAGCUUUGGAGCAGAGAGUUAAUUCAGCAGGCAAGCGAACUCGACCAUGUAGUGGAAGAGCUCGAGAAGAUUGCUGUAGUGAAUCUCCUUCAGCACAGGUCUAUAAUAUCCCUUAUUGGCAAUGUGCAACGCUCUUCACUGAUACUAGAGAAGGUAUUCAGCGUUCUUAGAGCUAAUGGAGUCAAUGUCCAGAUGAUCUCGCAAGGAGCAUCAAAGCAGGUGAACAUUUCCUUGAUAGUGAAUGACAGCGAAGCGGAACAAUGCGUGAGGGCGCUUCAUUCGACAUUUUUCGAGAUGGGGGUUCUCUCUGAACUCAAUACGGCAGAUGCAUUCCAAAAUGGCUAUGCAGGUACAAGUUAGAUGUGGCAUGAUUCUUUAUCAUGUAGCAUUUAUCUCUCCCUUUUUGAAUGGAGAUGUAAUAUUUAUCUAAUAUUUAUCGGCUUUGCAAAUUUUGUUUGAGGUAGGUAUAAUCAGCCAAUCCUGUUUUCAGUAUGUAAAACCUUGAUUUAAAUUUUAGUUAUGGAUCCGCUUAAGAAUUUAUUUUACCUGCAAGUUACAUUUGUUGGUAAUAGAACAGUUAGGGCCUAUUUUUUCUUUCUUUCACUGUUUGUAUUGUAAAAAGUAGCUAUGGAAAUUGAUCAUUAUGAUUA